AUGCAUGUGGAUGGUGUGGUUGGAUGGCCCUCUGUCUGGCUUGUGAAGCUGGACAAUCUCGUGGGCGCAAAUGAAAUCUCAGAAUUGGGCCUCUCCAUCCCCGUGAAACUAAUUGCUUCAUUCUCCUAUUGGAAGCAGUGUAAAUCAAACCAUCCUCUGCCAUCCUCUGCUGUCCCCUUUCGAUGCGGGCCUUCAGACAAUUUGAUUCAGCUUGAUUCAAGUUGCACUCCACAGUGCGUAGCCUGGAAAUGUCUCAAAGCCAGUUCAUCAUCUUUCCACUUCAAGAUAAUGCACUUUACAUUCAUGACCAGUUUCUCGAAAGGCAUCCAUGCGACAAAAGUCAGGGAUUCCCAACAGGGGAACACAAAGAUGUGUGUGAUAUUUGAAUAUGUGCCACCUCCCUUCCACGCUCCGCAUCGGCGGCAUCGUGCAUCUUUUGACUCUUCUGUCAAGUCUAUGCGUGCAGCAAAUGGAAUUGGUCGGGAAAUCCAUGCUUCGCCAUGUUCCCGCUACUAA